UAGUUCCGGUUACUGUCCCUUCCCCGGGGGACCAAUUAGUGAUUGGUGGAGGCGUGGUAGACUCCACCUCGUUCUAUCAUUUAAAGUCACCACUUUCGUUUCUCGUUUCUAUACUUUCAAUUUGACUGCCUCUUGAUAAAAAAUGAAGAAUCUUCUAUUUAUAAGUGUUUUAUUACUUUUUGCUAAUUUUGUUCGAUGUAACAUCGAAGAUAAAAAAGAAGAAAUUAAGAAAGAAAGCGAAUCAAUUAAAAAUUCUACGGAUGAAGUGAAAGAUGCGGAAAAAUCUACAGAUGAAAAACCUAGCGAAACGUACCAUAUUCCUUCGUACGCUCUUCCAGAUUCGGGUCCUUAUCCUAAUCCUCCUCCUCCUCCACCCCCGCCUGUCUAUCCCGAUACACCCGUCUACAGUUCUUUGUAUCCUGUGAAAACACAGGAUAAACCUCCAGAAAAUUAUGUAGAUUACGAAUAUGAUAACGUUUUCAGUUUGACCCACAACAUACCAGGAAUACCUGGAAAAGAUUAUCCUGUCUUUUCUUCCAUUCCUCUGACAAAUUUUCACUGUCAAGAAACGGGAUAUCCAGGAUUUUAUGCCGAUGUCGAUAGCGGCUGUCAAGUUUGGCAUUACUGUCAACCAGACGGACGUCACGAUGCAUUUUUAUGUCCCAACGGUACAAUUUUCGAUCAGAAAAAUCGAGUGUGUAAUUGGUGGUACAACGUCAACUGUAAAGAUUCUCAUUACUGGUACGCGAUCAAUCACGAUUUGUAUAGGGUAACAAAGAAGCGCCAUAAUUUAGAACCAGAUUAUUAUCCCGAUCAUCAAUAUCUCGGUUCAAAAAUCAUCGAAACCAAGGCGAAACCACCAUCGGAAGAAAUCCUUUCUGUAGAAAAAACGAAACUUCAUCCAGCCGUUAUCGUAAAGAUUCCCAAGAAGAAACAAAUCUUGAAGAAGAUUCAAAUAACCGCUUCACAGGAUAAACCAAUUAUUGAUCCUUCUCCCAAAAAAUCAACAAUUUAAAGGACAAUAAAUAAGGAAAUACGGAAACGAAUUAUAUAAAAAAAAAAGGAAAGAAAUGAAUUUUUUGUAUCCAGCAAUAAUUUUAUCUCAUCUUAAUAUAUUUUAUAUAACUGGAAGCAAAAAAUUCAUAUCUUAUCCAAGCUUCCAUGUAUUUAAUAACAGCCAUUUAUAUAGGCACAUAUAUAUAUAUAUAUAAUUAAUUAAUAUAUCUAUUUGUAAUAAUUCAAUGCUUUGUAUUAAUAAAUGCCGAAGAAGAUUCAAGAGAUAUAGCAUUAUAAAUAAAGAAAUAUAUUAACAUUCAUUCUUGUCGUAUCGUUCUUGGAAUGUUUACAUCACACACGCAAUAUUGUUAGACAAUAACUGUUAUAAAUAUUUUUCGAGUAUUACUGCCGAUU